AUGACAACUUUAGCGUCUAAAGGCUCCAACAAACAGGUAAAUCCACCAAAUUAUAGGAGUAUUCCACAAUAUACUGCUUUGGAGAAGUGUGUUAAAGAUUUUCAAAAUAAACCUGAUUUCACUCCCCAAAACCUUGCUCAUUUGCAAGAACUGAAUGAUGAUCUUAUUAAGACAGUCCAACAAAGUGAUUCUAGCGAAGUUUUGACAUUGGUUUCCACUACAAUGAAAAUUUUAUAUAGCCAAAACUCUUCUCAUGUUUUUACAGAUAUUAUUGAUGAAAACGAAGAUCUCAAGCAUCAACUUACAGAGUUAAAAGCUGAAAAUUCACGUCUUUCAAACACAUCUUUACUUUCACCUGUAAAAGACGAAUUAAAGAUGACAAAACAGCAAUUAGAGCAGACACAACAAAAAUAUAGUUCUAUUGUAGCAGAUUGCAAGACGAAAUUAACUCAACAAAAGGCUCAAAUCAUUGAUUUAACAAAUGAAUUACAAAACUACGAAAAUCGUGUUCAACAACUAUCAAGUGAAAAAGAGAAAAUGCAAGAUUACAUUCGUCGUUCCAAAGAAAAGCGUCAAAAGCUUGAAGAUUUGUUAUAUGACACAGAUCAAAAAGUUCAAGAGCUUACAGCGCAGCUUGACAGCGAGCAUAACACAGAAGAGAAAGAUCAACAGAUCGCAGACCUCACUGUUGAGAUAGAACACUUAAAAUCCCAAAAUGAUCAACUUCUUAAGUUUAUUGACACUCAGAGCGACCAAUUACAGCUCCAGAACGAUCAGCUCACAAAACUAUACGAACAAAGACGUCUCCUUGGCGAAUCUUCCUUCAAAUUACUUUCAAUGAUCGAACAAAUCCAGGAAACCAACGAGCAACAGCAGGUAAUGACGCGUGAUAUUGAUUUGUCUGCUGAACAAACCUUCGAUUUUACCAAUAUCUUUGAAGAAAUUCGCAAAUCUUCAAAUAAUGAUAAAAAUAUCGAAGAAAUCUUGGAAAAUAGCAUGAUUUCGGAUGAAGAAAAGGUAAUUAAGGUCAUAGAUAAUCUUACUGUCCAGUCCAAUGCUGAAGACAUUGAAAAAAUCAAAGAAUAUAAUAAAGAGCUCCAAAAUGCUGUUUAUUCACAAUUACAUUACAUCAAUGAGCUAUCUCGUAGCAAGGAGCUUCAAAGAUUCAUGAUUUCGUCUCAAAUUUCCGAUGCAAUGAAGAAUUCUUUAAUUUCUGCAGUUUCUGACGUAAACACCUUUAUUUCGAAGAACAAACUUAACAUUGAUACCGAGAAGAGUGUUUUCGAGCACUUUUUACCAAUUUCCGGCGAAAUAAAAGAUCCAGAAUCUUUUAUGAUCGAAUAUUUAGUGAAUAACAAGUACAGAGCACCCAACAAUGAACCGUUAUUCACUGUUCUGACACAGUGCGUGGUCGCAAACACUGUUUUACAGAAGUAUUCGAUGGAAGUCAGAUCAUUAGCGACAAAAACGGCCAAUGAAAACAGAAACCUCAAAUCAGAGUUGAAUACAAGAUCCGAAAUGACGAAUUCCCAAGUAAUUGACCUCCAAAACCGUAUAAAUGAACUGGAAAAGUGUCAAAAAUUAUCAAAGAAGAUUUCUGAGAAAUUAUUAGCGAGUUCAAUCGGAACAGACGAAGAAGAUAAGUUCAGGAACUUGUACAACGCAAUUACCAAUGGUGAGGCUGUCGAAAUAAGUGAAGAAACAAAGACAAUCGCGUUUUUGGAGAAAAAGAUCGAAAUUCAAAAACAAAAAUUCAGUGAAGCAGGUGCAAAAUACGGAGAUAUGAUCAAUGAGUUGCAGGGUUUGCUUGAAACUACACAGAAAGAGUUCGAAAACAGUAAAAACAUGUUUGAAAAACAAUCUGAAGAAAUUAAAUCCGAAAUUGUCGAGCAAAAGUCAAAAAUAGAGCAGAUCGAAGCUGAAAAUGAACAUCUAAAGCAAGAACUGUCCAAUAAAUCCUCAGAAAACGAGCAAUUGAACGAAACAAACAAAUCUCAAAUGGAAGAUUUGGUUUUGCAGUUCAAUGACGUCAAAUCUGACCUCAACUCGUUGGUCCAACAGUUCCAUGAUGGCAUAGCAGCUAUAAAUGUUGAGACAAAUGACCUUUUCUCCACUUCAAAAUCGAAAUUUAAACAAAUGCUCAGCCAAAUGAGGUCAAACAACACUUUGUUGCUACAGAAAUACGUGGAAGAGAAGGAGGAAAGCGAAAAGAAGUCAAUGAAACUCAGAAAAGAGCUGGAAAACGCUAAAAAACAAUUAGAUUUUGUUAAAUCUGACAGAGACAAGGUAAGAGAAGAGCUCAAACAGGAAAGACAGAAGUUGUCGGCUAUGACAAUAAAGCAGAGAAGCUCGGAAUUGAAGCUAAAAAGUAUUGAAGAUGCAAAUCAAAGGGAAAUGAACUUAAAGAAGAAGCAGAAUGAUUUCCAGGUACAGCAGAUCAAAUGUGAUGCUGAUAAUAGAGUAGAAAAAGCAAAGAACGACGCAUUGAAACAAAUUCAUGAUUUUUGCGCUAAAAUUGUUCGAUUGUUUAAGGAAUUCGCGGAUUAUACACAGCCAAUUACGAAGGAAUCGACGGAAAAGCUUCUUGUUAAGGUCCAACAAAGAAUAUUAGAUGCAAACAGCGAAAGAAAGGAGAAUGAGACAAUGAAAGAGGAAAUGAGAGCAAUUGGGAACCAUUUCGGACCAAGAAUCCAAGGAACAGCUCCAAGGCUUUCAUCUGAAAUCAGUCAAUACAUCAAACAGACUGUUUCAAAAUUGAAUGAAUUCGACCAACUAUCGAAAGAAAGCGAGAAAAUCAAGAGCGAGCGUGCCAAACUGCAAGAAAAUGCUGACAAGAUGCAAGAGGCAGAGCAAUGGAUAGCAUGGGCAAGGAAAAUUGGCCAAAUUGCUCUUGAUGAAAAUCUUGAUCCAGUAAGAAGCGGAGAUAGACUUCGUUCUAUAAUAGAAGACCUUGUUCUUGCAUCAAAGAAUGCAAUGCAGUCUGUUAAGACAAUAAAUUCCCUAAGAGAUCAAAAGAAAAUUUCUAAAUUAGUCCAAAACCAGAAAAUUGCGAAAUCAACAACAGGAAGAGCCUCCCUUCGCUCACUGAUAUAUGUCUUCACGACGUUAAGCAAUUUGAAGAGUGUUUCUGGUCAUUUGAGUUCAUCUAAUUUCACAAUUGGUUUUGAUUUGUCUGGAACAGAUCCAGAACCAGAACCAACAGAGUCUAGCGAAGUAGAAGAGAUUCAGCCUUCAAAACCUUCGUUAUUUGGAAAAUUUGUUAUAUAA